AAACAAUUAUGAAUGAUUCAAUGAUCUGUUUAUCUGUAUAUAUAUUGAUAAUGAAAUAUAAUAAUAAUAAUAAAUGAUGUCUAAUUUAAUUCAAUAUUUAUUAUCAAUAUUUUGUAAUUUCUUAUAUAUUUCAACUGCAUUAUCAAUUCAAAAUAUGGAAACAAAAUGGAUACCUUUAAUUGGGAAUUGGAUCAUUUCAAAUCAAACUAUAUCCAAACAAAUUUAUACAAUAUUUGGUUUAGAUAGUUAUAGCACACAAUGGAUAAUUGAUAAUAAUAAUAAUAAUAAUAAUCCUUUUAUUGAUGAUAAUGAUGUGAAAUUAAGAUGGAUAGCAUAUGAUAAUUGGACAUUUACUAAGAUUUUUAUAAUUGAACAAUACUAUUUAAAUAAUACUAUAGAAUUAUAUAUGGAUGGUAUAGAUACAUUUUGUGAGAUAAUAUUAAAUAAUCAUUUGUUAGGAGUUACAGAGAAUAGUUUUUUAUCAUAUACAUGGAAAAUUAAUCAUUUAUUAAAUUUAAAACAAAUAAAUAAAUUACAAUUAAAAUGUAUAUCAACUGUGUUGAUGGCAAAGAAAAAAGCGGAAUUAAUGAAAAUGAGAAAAAAAUCUAUUCCACCACCAUUUUGUUGGCCAUCUAGAUUUCAUGGUGAAUGUCAUGUAAAUCUUGUUAGGACAACACAAUCAAUAUUUGGUUGGGAUUGGGGAUUAACUUUACCUAUUCAAGGAUUAUGGAAAUUACCUCAGUUGAUAGUUUCACCUUCAGGUUUAAGAUUUGGUGAAAGAUUUAAAUUUUAUGCUUUUUCACAGCAAAAUCAAUUUAAAUUAUGGAGUGCUGAAAUUGAUGUAGAACUUGUAGGUAAUAUGCCGUCGUACGAUCGUCUAUCAAAAGCAUGUAUCUAUUCAUAUAUUAAGGAAUUAAAUGUAUUUGGAAGAAAGUGUUUUGGAAUAGAAAAUGAAGUAAUCACUAUGGUGGUGUUACGUAAUCAAUCAAAAGUUAAAUUAUGGUGGCCUAUUGGUACGGAGACUGGACCAUAUCUUUAUACAUUAGUACUCUACUUAACAGUUGGUUUCAACAAGAUCAUUGAUAAAAAAGAAUAUUCAAUAGGUUUUCGUGAAGUGGAGUUAAUUGAGGAUUAUGUGGAUUCAUCACAAAUUGAAUUAGGUCGAACAUUUUAUUUUAAAAUUAAUGGUUUACCAAUAUUCAUAACAGGUGCUAAUUGGAUACCUGCAAGAUAUAUGCCAGGUAGACAGUAUUUUUUAAUGCAUAAUGUAACGAAUGAUCGUAUUGGGUUAGAAAAACGACUUCUUCGUUCAGCAAGUCUAUCAGGAAUUAAUUUAAUAAGAAUAUGGGGUGGUGGACGUUAUGAAGAUGAUGAAUUUUACACAGAAGCAGAUAGGCUUGGCUUGAUGAUAUGGCAUGAUAUGAUGUUUGCAGUAUCUACUUAUCCAGAUAAAGAAAGAAAUGAUACUGUUGAAGAAGAAAUCAGAAGGCAAAUAUCACGAUUGCACUAUCAUCCAUCUAUUAUAGUUUGGUCGACAGAUAAUGAAGUGAAACAAGCUAUUGCAAACGGUUGGUAUGGUCAACCAAUGGAUUCAACACUAUUAAGUAUAUUUAAAUCUAAAUUUGUCGAGUCAAUAUUUAAUGUGAUUAAUGACGAAGAGAAUGGUCGGAGUUCAGCCAGACGUUGGGAAGUUUCAAAAUAUAAACCUAGAAGAUGUCUUAUCUCUUCACCUGGUAAUGGAUAUCUAACAGAGAAAUUCAGAGGAUUGGAUCCGGACCCAGAUAAUCCACUAUAUGGUGAUAUACAUUAUUACAUGUAUUUUGGUGAUUUAUGGUCAGAAUCUAAUUAUUUGCUAGGACGUUUUAUAUCAGAAUUCGGCAUACAAUCCAUUCCGUCUCCAUUAGCUUGGGCCAGAUCGAUUUCAAAUAUAUCGAAUCCAAAACUAUGGGAUGUAUUCGGUUCACUGAUGGACCAUAGGCAACAUCAUCCAUUAGGUCAUCAAAUGCUCAGAUUAGCUCUUCAGUAUAUUACGGAACCAGCAAAUAGACAAGAUCCGAUUCGUAAUUACAGUCGAUGGGCAUAUGUAAGUCAAUUAAAUCAACUCAUGUGUUUACGUACUCAAAUCAAUUUAUACAUGAGGCAUAAAUGUCGAUUAAAAUUAACGAAUUUUACAAUUAUAUCAACAAAUAAAUUUAUUACAAUGGGUACAAUAUAUUGGCAAUUAAAUGAUAUUUGGUCAACACCUAGUUGGUCAACUAUAGAUUCAGUUGGUCAAUGGAAAUUAUCCCAUUAUAAUGCUAUAAGAGAAUAUUAUGAUUUAACAAAAUGGGGACGUAUAGCUAUACAUAUUAAUAAUAAUGAAAUAAUUGAAGCUGAUUGGAUACCAAAUAUAAAAAAUAAUCACAAUAAUAAUGAUAUAUUUCCUAUUGAAUUUGAAUUAAUUUGUUAUACAAUUCGGUCAUUUAUACCAACAUAUCGUGGAAUUUUAAACAUUUCUAUAAAACAUUUUAUUCAAUGUCCAAUAAAUAUAUUAAAUAAAUCUUUAAAUGAUUUAAAUAAAUUAUGUCAUUUUAAUAAUAGAAAUGAUAAACCAAAACAAAUUAAAAAAUGGCCUAAAAAUGCUGGAAAAACUUUACAAAUAAAAUCAAUAAAAUUAUUGAAUAUAAUGAAUAAUUUAUUCAAUAUUCAAAAAAUGGCACCAUUUUUAACCAAUCAUAUUUAUGAAAUUAUAAUUGAAUCAAAAUCACCAGAAUUAUUUAUUAAUUUAAAUAUAGAUCCAAGACUUAAUGUAGAAUUUUGGUUUUCAAUAAAUGGUUUUCAUUUAAUAAAUGAAAAUAUGAAAAUAAUAAAUUUAUUUAUAUCAGGAAAUAAAACAAUUUCAAUAGAUGUAUUAAAACAUUAUUUAUGGAUUGAAUCACUUGCAACAUUGAAUAUGAAAGAAUUGUGA